CCCCCGCCAGACUACGGUCUCGUCAACACCGCAAAUGCGCGAUGGGGAACUCCAGCAGUUCGCAGAAAAUUUCAUCGCAGGAUCGAGCAAUUCUCGACCUCAAGAACCAGCGCGAUAAGAUAUACCAGUAUCAGAAACGUAUCACCGUCCUCACCGACCGGGAAACCGCGAUUGCAAAGGAAUGUCUGGCACGCGGUGAUCGGCGGCGAGCUCUGCUCGCUCUUCGGCGCAAGAAAUACCAAGAAUCACUCCUCUCCAAGACCGAUAGUCAACUCGCACAACUGGAGCAAUUGACAGGCCAGGUCGAGUUUGCACUGGUACAGAAGGAUGUGCUGUUUGGAUUGCAGCAAGGUACCCAGGUGUUACAGGCUAUCAAUAAGGAGAUUGGUGGGAUUGAGGCUGUUGAUCGGCUGAUGGAGGAAACGGCAGAGGCUCGCGCUUAUCAAGAGGAGGUGAGUCAGAUGCUGGAGGGCAGUUUGUCGAUGCAGGAUGAGGAGGAUGUUGAGGAUGAACUGGAGGCUCUACGGCAAGAGGUCGUCGGGCCUGUCGACUUACCUGCUGUCCCCCAGGCUCCUCUCCCCGAGCGUGGUGACGAAGUGCUGGAAGAGCCUGCACAAGAACAGCCCGAGGUCAAGACCAAGACCAAGGCCCGGACGCCUGUCCUGGCAUCGUGAUGAUACGCUGUCCGGGGAUUUUCAUACAAGAUCGAUCACUUGCAUUACUUGAUCAGAAAGCAUUGGGAGGCGCUGGGAGCAUAUUCGUACUGCGUUUUAUUCAUGACUCAUUAUGCUUCAUGUAGAAAUCAUUAAUUCAUUGGAAAGUCCCUUUCCAUUCUGGUAUCACAAUCCUUCCCAACGUGAUCAAUCUCAAGGUCUAAGAUAAAAAGACACAGCUUACUGGCCAGGCAUGGUGCGAGUCCCGGUGUCACUGAUCCCAGGAAUCGCAACGUGAUCACUGGGGUUCGCAGCAGCCUCGUACAAGAAGCUGAUGGGCUCUCGGUUCAGUGCCAUGAACUGGCCCUUGAAGCCGAUGUAGCCAACCCUGGUAAUAUCCUCGUCACCGUCGCUCCAAUUAUCCUCGAUAAAGAUGGUAAUAGAGGUAGUAGUAUUCCAAUGGGCGCGGUUCAAUGGUAGUUCAAACACGUCCUCGCCAGCCACGGGCUGUGGGACCUCGAUGGUCUGGGUUGGGGGAAGGUCGGAGGCAGUGGAGAAGUCCAGGUCGUCGCGGUUUUUGAAUAGCUUGAGCGUCUUCGGGGCAGCGGGGGUGGGCGCAGUGUAGAUGAGGAUUGAGUGAAGUUUGACCUGG